UAAUUGAAGUACCGACUUAGUAACCUUUUUCUACCACGUACAAAAGGAUCAUCGGAGAGAAAAUCAUUCAUUGUCGCGACUCGACACCCUCUUCAAUCAUCCAUCUCCCAAAAGAAAAGAUUCAACAAGGUGGGCUUUGUAUCAAAGCAUAUAAUGAGCUUCCCCUUGAGAGAAAUCUGGAGCGAGCUCUUGCGCUCUACCUCAAAUAAUGAAGCUGUCCUGAGAGAACUUCUCGGGGGUCGCCCAGAGAUCGAACGGGCGACAGAUUUGAACUCCAUGUUUAUGAAUUAUAUUUCUAUCAUCUACAAGGUCUUUAACAUAAAGAUAGAAGGUGGACAGAUUGAUCCAAGAGUUAGGCUACCGAGCGACCACGAGUUUAUCGAAAUGCUGAAGUUAUUGGUACGCUAUAUAAACGACAUCACUACUUGGAUUGAGGACCAUGAUCGAACCGGCGCUCCUCGGUCGUCUAUUGGUGGUAAGCAUCAGUAUGACGCAGAUCUAGGGAACAAGCUCACAAAUUGCUCAGAAUUUUACGCAGAGUCAUUGCUCGAAGUAGACGCGCAGUGUCAGAGAUGGUGGGUGUUGGCCGAUAUGACCAUCUUCGAUCCGGCCACCACUCCGUUCAAGAUACUCCCCACGAUGCCGCUUAGUGAUCAAAGUAAUCUGCAGCAAUUCAAUCCAGCUAGCUUCAACCGGUUCAAAGAUGCACAACCUUUGUCAUCCAUGGAAGAUAGCCCCACGGAUAUAAGUACAUUUAAAGCUCCACCGUCGCCAGUAUCAUCACAGAAACAACUUCGAACUCCCUCUACUGCUUCCUCGAGCUUCAGUUACCAACCCGCAACGAUGUCCCUCGACAAAGGUCAGAUAACAGCCGAUUAUACUGAUAAUUGGAAUGAUGGCGAAGAUACGAGCUUCUCCUCGCAUAAUUCACAUGGUGAUAUAGAUCGGCGCUUCCUAUAUAAUGGCAGCGUCAAACCUGGAGGGCUUGCUAUACAGCAGACACCCCUCUUCAUGCCACUCACACCUCGAUUAGAGCAGAACGGAUUCGCACCAUCAACCAACCCGAAUUCAUCGUUUCAUGCACCUUUCAAUAAACAAAGCGGAUUUUAUCAACCGAUGCCUCCGCCUGCUCGAAAGAUUGCUAUACCACGGCUUCAAAAACAAGGAACCUUCGAGCCACUUUUUCCACCAACUGAACAUCCCAAACUUCGUCCUUCUCUGCCUGCUCCACAGACUUCCACUUCUGGACCACUUAGAAAGCGAGGAUACUCAGAAUUUCCGCCGCAAGCUUUGAGUGAAACCCCCAAGAAGCGACGAGCAAUAGCCACCGAGAUGCCACAUCAUGAACCAGGAUACACUGGAACGCAAGAGUUUCCACCUGGCUCUAGACUUUCGCCUGCUAGUUUGAUGCACAGCUCCCCUGGCAGUGCAUCGAGAUUUCCUAGCGAAUUCUAUAAUACCAAUCACUCAGCCUCGACAGCUUUCAGUGCCGUCAAAAGAAACGCGGAAACGCUGCAGACUAAUUUCAAUAGUGUUCCACACAAGGUCGCGAUGGGUUCACAAAUGGAUUGGAGCAGCACAGUUUCAGCCGAAAAUGGCCCAAAAGAGAGAAUCAGAAACAUCGUUACCACACAGCAGGACUGGAAUGACACUGUAUCAGCCGCUUCUGACUCAGAAAAAGGUGCGGCAAAUACAGGUCUUGGAAUUUCAAGUCCAAAAAUCAGUCGCGAUCCGUCAAAAUUACCAGGAACUCCUAUGAUAUGUGCGGAUAUGAGUAUAGGACAUGUACGCCCGGCUACGUUCCAGCAGCCAAAUUAUUUCAGCUCGCCAAUGAACUCACCAACAAAAGGAAUUAAUUCAAGGGAGUAA